GGAAUGAAGAUGCUCCUGUCCCUGGGGCUGCUCUUGGCUGCCCUGUCCUGGGGCAGCUGCAUCCCCCUGCAGCAGGCGCCCAACCGCAGCAAACUGCUCCUGGUGUCCUUCGAUGGCUUUCGCUGGAACUACGACCAGGACGUGGACACCCCCAGCCUGGACGCCAUGGCCGCAGACGGGGUGAAGGCCAAGUACAUGACCCCGGCCUUCGUCACCCUCACCAGCCCCUGCCACUUCACGCUGCUGACCGGGCGGUACCUGGAGAACCACGGGGUGAUCCACAACAUGUGGUUUGACACCAAAACCGGCGUGAAGCUGCCCUACUACACCACACAAGGCAUAAGCAGCUGGUGGGACAACGGCAGCCUCCCCAUCUGGAUCACUGCCCAGAGACAGGGUUUGAAGACAGGCUCCAUCCACUUCCCUGGAACCAAGGCGAAAUACCAAAAGGAAGAAGUGUACAAGAAGUUGGUGGAACCAGCACUGUUCAACUACAGCAAUGAAACCAACUGGAGGCAGAGCAUUGACACCGUCAUGGAAUGGUUCACGGUGGACAACCUGGACUUCAUCACGCUCUACUUUGGGGAGCCAGACUCCUCAGGACACAAGUAUGGCCCUGAAUCCACACAGAGGAAAAACAUGAUCAAGCAGGUGGACAGAACCGUGGGUUACCUGAGGCAGCGCAUCCGGGAGAGCGGCCUGGAGUCAAACCUGAACCUCAUCAUCACAUCCGACCACGGCAUGGAGACCGUGGUGAAAACCGACGAGAUCCACCUCCGCACCGUCAGCAACUUCACCUUCAAGGACAUCGACUUCGAGCUCCUAGACUAUGGCCCAAACGGACUCCUGGUGCCCAAGGAAGGGAAACUGGAGCACGUGUACUCGGUCCUGAAAAACGCCCACCCAAAGCUGCACGUUUACAAGAAGGAAGAGUUUCCAAAGAGGUUCCACUACGCCAACCAUUCCCGGAUCACCCCACUUCUGCUGUACAGCGAUCCAGGCUACGUGAUCCAUGGGAGGUACAAGGUCCAGUUCAAUAAAGGGGAGCACGGCUUUGACAACGAGGCCAUGAACAUGAAAACCAUCUUCCGUGCCGUGGGACCGGCCUUCAAGAAGGGGCUGGAGGUGGAGCCCUUCGAAAGCGUCAACGUCUACGCCCUCCUCUGCGAGCUGCUGGGCAUCACCCCCGAGCCCCAUGACGGCUCCCUGGAGGUCACCAAGCCCAUGCUGAGGGAACCCACGGAUGGUGAUGGUGGCAAUGGCAAUGGAACCGGCAACGGCAAUGGCAACGGCAAUGGCAACGGCAACGGCAAUGGCAACGGCAACGGCAAUGGCAAUGGCAAUGACAAUGGCAACGGCGAUGGCAAUGGCAAUGGCAAUGGCAACGGCGAUGGCAACGGCAAUGGCAACGGCAAUGGCAACGACAACGGCAAUGACAAUGGCAGCAAUGGUCAGCAGCAGGAGUCAUGGGGGGCAGUGGGAGGGCAGCAGGCACCGGCACUGACAGUGGGCACCGGGAACAGCAACAGGCACCAGAAGGGGCAAUGGGCACGGGGGGCGGCAAUGGGCACCAGGAACGGUACCAGGGAGCGGCACCGGCGGCGGGAAUGGGCACUGGGAGCACACCAAGAGCUCACUGGGAGGGCACCGGGGGCAACAAUGGGCACCGGGAGCGGCAAAAUAGGCACCAGGAGCGGCACCGGGGGCAGCAACGGGCACUGGGGGCGGCACCCGGGAGCAGCGGUGGCAAUGGGCACCGGGAGUGGCAAAAAAGGCAUCAGGAGCAGCACCGGGAGCGGCACCGAGCACCGGCAGCGGCAAAAUAGGCACGAGGAGAGACACCGGGGGCGGCAAUGGGUACCGGGAGCAGCACCGGGAGCGGCACCGGGAGCUCACAGAGAGCGUCACCGGGAGCGGCACCGGGAUCUCACCGGGAGCAGCACCGGGAGCAGCACCGGGCACCGGGCGCGCUCCGCUCCGCCGGGAUUCCCGCGGGAACAGCGACACCUGGCGGCCGCCGCCGCUCCCGCCACCGCCCGGUGGCUCCGGGGCACCGGGCCGUGCCCCCCCCAUCCCCGCGCUCGGUAA